AUGUCAUCUUUGGCCACCCCCUGCCUAGCCGGACUGAGGAAUAUUGCAAGUGGGAGAUGGUCGACCUUUAGUAGAAGCUUCUUUACCCGAUUGCCCGAUUGCGAGUUUGUCCCUGGCACUACCUCGCACCAUUACAGGUGCUUCAGUAACUCAAGUUCUCAUCAGACUCCAGCAUCGUCAUCUUUAGCAUCGUCCUCAUCCCAUCAGAAAUCGUACAGUUACGUCAUUGUCGGGGCAGGAUCUGCCGGCUGCGUUCUCGCCAACCGCCUCACGGAGGAUGCCCAAGAGUCGGUCCUGCUGUUGGAGGCUGGGCCAAAAGAUUUGUUGCUUGGCAGCGUACGUUUGACAUGGAAGAUCCACAUGCCAGCUGCACUGACCUACAACCUUUGCAAUGACAAGUACAACUGGUACUACCAUACUUUGCCCCAAGCCCACAUGGACAACAGAGUUAUGUACUGGCCCAGGGGCCGAGUCUGGGGCGGUUCUUCGACGCUGAACGCCAUGGUGUACAUACGAGGGCACGCUGAAGACUACAACCGAUGGCAGAGGGAAGGAGCGGAGGGCUGGGAUUACGACCACUGCCUGCCUUAUUUCAAGAAGGCACAGUGCCAUGAAUUGGGUGGUGACAGGUACCGAGGAGGUAGUGGCCCACUUCGUGUUUCACGGGGGAAGACUAACCAUCCUCUUCACAAGGCUUUUAUUGAGGCAGGGCAGCAAGCAGGAUACCCUUUCACUGAUGACAUGAAUGGAUUCCAACAAGAAGGCUUUGGCUGGAUGGACAUGACCAUUUUUAACGGGAAAAGAUGGAGCACAGCCAGUGCCUACCUGAGACCGGUCCUGAACCGACCAAACUUGAAGACAGAGGUGCGCUGCCUGACCACCAAGAUCCUAUUUGAUGGCCAUCGCGCUGUAGGUGUGGAAUAUAUACAGAAAGGAGAGACAAAACAGGUAUUCGCCGAAAAAGAGGUGAUCCUUAGCGGCGGUGCCAUCAACUCACCACAACUUCUCAUGCUGUCCGGUGUGGGAAACGCUGAUGACCUCAGGCAACAUGGCAUCCCAGUGGUCCAACACUUACCAGGUGUUGGCAGCAACUUGCAGGAUCAUUUGGAGUUGUACGUCCAGCAGAGGUGCACUCAACCCAUAACUCUGUACAAAGCCCAGAAACCUUUCCACAUGGUCAAAAUAGGCCUUGAGUGGCUCUCUGUGUUCACUGGUUACGGAGCAACAGCACACCUUGAGAGCGGAGGCUUUAUUCGCAGUGGGCCACAGGUCCCACAUCCCGACAUUCAGUUUCACUUCCUGCCCUCACAGGUCAUUGAUCAUGGGCGGGUGGCUUCAAAGAUAGAAGCUUAUCAGGUUCAUGUUGGACCAAUGAGAAGCACUAGUGUUGGCUGGAUGAAGCUGCAGAGCGCCAGCCCUAAGGACCACCCGAUUCUUCAGCCCAACUAUCUGUCCACAGAUGCCGACGUUUUGGAGUUCAGACAAUGUGUCAAGCUCUCACGAGAGAUAUUUGCCCAGAAGGCCUUCGACCUGUUCCGGGGCAGCGAAGUCCAGCCCGGUCCUCAGAUCCAGUCCGACGCUGACAUCGAUGCCUUUGUGCGCCACAAGGCUGACAGCGCCUAUCACCCUUCAUGCACGUGCAAGAUGGGCAAGCCCUCUGACCCGAUGGCGGUGGUGGACUCCCAGACGCGUGUUCUUGGGAUCGAGGGCCUCCGUGUGGUCGACGCCUCCAUCAUGCCAAGUAUGGUUAGCGGCAAUCUAAACGCUCCGACUAUCAUGAUCGCAGAGAAGGCUGCCGACCUCAUCAGAGGUCGCCCAGCGCUCGUUGAUCUGCAAGUUCCGGUAUACCAGCCGCCUACGCUGGACACUCAAAGAUAA